UGUUUUACGUCCUAUGCAAUGCAAUAUCUCCGGCUGAAAGAAAUGAAUUCAAUGAACUGAUCAAGCAAUAUAGUAAACUCUAUGGCCGGUUCAAGACUGCUGAAUGCGUAGCAUUCUUGGCAGUCAGAUCACCAGAAACCAAUUGGACUGUGAAGGAAUUUAACGAUGCUAUGCACUUUAAAGAUGCCGAAAUAGAGGAGAAUCAAAAAAUCAAUAAUGAAAGUAAAAAGAUUCUCGGAGAAGACUUGGGAAAAGUUAUCGAAGCGGAAUUUAUCAAAUUAAGAAACAUUGUUGAGUUGAAAUGUAUGCAAAUGUCAGGAAUGCGAAUAGAUGAAAAAACUGCCAAAACUUUUUUUAAGAAAUCAGAUGGGAAAAAUCUACCAAUGUCUGAAUUCAAGGAUGCUGUCAUUCAACUGAUUUCUGAAGUAGCAAAGGUUGAGAAGCACAGAAUCGACAGGCUUCCCACACAAUCACCCAUGGAUGUUGUGAAUACAGCUGUCGAUACAAUGCAACGAGAGCGUCAUCAUGACUUUGGUGAUCCAAAUUAA